AGCACAGGUUACACGUGUGGUUCGACAGCGAAUAUGCUUAGGUCAUUACGUUUUAGUUAUAGCCAAUUCAGACCUUUUUUAUGCUAAACGUUCAGUAUAGCUAAUAUAUCAUUUUACUUUUAAAGGUAAAUAUUAAGCAGUUUAAUAAAAACUAAACUGAGUGUAUAAAAUGUUGGAUCACGAGAAGGAAUCAAACUUAACAGUGGAAGGUGUUGCUUCGCCAAAUACAAGUUUUUCAAAUUCGAAAAAGUCUGUCAAAUCGUUUCGUAUUGCAGAUCUUCUGCUUUUGAGCCCAAAAUCAAGGACUUCUAGUUCACAAAAUAUCAAUGAGACAGAUUCAGGGAGUCCUAACAGUCGUGGAAAGAUUCCAACUUCAAGUUCGAUCGGGAAUCUUUCCACCUGUACUUUUGGUUCUGAUACGACGCAAAACUCGUCGCUAGGUUGUGUUUCCAGCUCCAGCGACCGUUCUUUUUUCGCCAGUGAACGACGUAGUUCGGAAAAUGAAGCAUUGAAUCGGCAAUGCUUUCAACAAAAAGUAAACCAAAACCAAAAUGGCGGCGCCUAUGAUGCUCAAGCUCUAAACCAGUUGCCUUUGGAAACCAAAGCGCUCGCUCAGAUGACAUCAAUAAAUGGAAGAAACUUCGUUCCUCGUUCUUUAGAUUUCUCCAGAAAUUCUUCUGCUUCGGUAAAUGAUAAUGAAAACAACUUCAAAAAAGUGAUCAACAGGUUAACCCAUGAAUCCCGGGACAGCCGGCAGUGUUCUAAACCUGCGCUCCCUCAUGGUCUACUGCAGCUUCCAACACAUUUGUCUCAAACACCAAGCAUGAUGUACCCGCCGUCUUUUCUUACAAACCCCCUAUUCAACGACUCGAGCAACGUUUUCAAAUAUCUUCAACUGCAAAAUUUAUUUUCAAGUUCAUCCAGCAACGCCUCGGCAUCCGUUUUAUCAUCGAUAUUGGCGAACCAACUUCGCAGAGGAUUCCAAAGCAGCGCAAUGCACAGUAGUGAAGCUGAAGUUCGAUUGCGAAUGAAUGGGCCAAUGCUUCACCAAGAUUCAAUUGUAAUGGGACAAAGCCGGAGACGCAAGGCCAGAACUGUUUUCACUGAUCAACAGCUAUCUGGUCUGGAACGACGAUUCGAAUCCCAAAAGUAUUUGUCCACGCCUGAAAGGGUUGAUCUUGCCAAUGCACUGGAGCUUACUGAAACCCAGGUAAAAACAUGGUUCCAAAACCGGCGCAUGAAAUUUAAGAAACAGGUUCGCUGCGGCAAAGGUGACGAUGGUACACAAGAAUCGACAGACGAGGACAGUGAUGUGGCCUACAGUCGCACCUGUCCAAUAACAGAAACAGAAAAAUCAAAUGACUUUGAAAUGGCAGAUAUUCUGGAGCCGUCACCGUCACGCUGCAACUUAUAUAAUCGCCCAGCAUCUGGCUUGUCCAUUUCAACAUUAUUUCAAUAAUAUGCUUAGGUUGAAGUGGGCACCGAAUUUUCUCGGACGAUGGGCCCUAUACCCGUUGUAUUUCUUCCAGUGUACAAGUGUGUUCCAAUUUGUAAGAUGAAUAUUUCUAUCGUAAAUCUUGUAUUGCCGUCAUCACUGCACCUUUACUUUAUAGUUACACUUAUACACGACCUAAUAUAAA